UAGGCCUAUCCCCGCCCGAUCUGACGUCACGUCACCCAAAGCGGCGUUACCUGCGCUGCGUGCACUCCUCAGGACAGCACAGUCACUCAGGUGGGGCAAAGUCAGGUAGAACUAGACUCGGGCGGUUGACAAGACUUUCUGUUUUUCCUUUAGCCUCUGGUGAGGUGCUCCGGCUUAAGUCAUGGCCGAAUCCCAACUGGAGUGCAUGGAAGACGGGCAAAUCAAAGCCGCCAUCCCGGAGUCUCGACCCGAGUUUGUGUACAGCGAGGAAGAGCGAGUUGCCUUGGAACUGCUACUAAAAGAAGGCGAUGGCGCCUUCAAAAUGCUACUGAAAACGGACGAUAAAAAAGAUUUCUUGUCCGCCAGGGAGGUCAAGUGGCUCAGGGAAACUGUGAAAGAGUACCCACUAAACGAAGAGGAUGACUCGAUUCCUCCAGAGACGGAAAACAAGGAGAGAAGGGGUUCUGAUUCUCCUAGUCUGCGGUCAACAUACUGGCCGCAGCUUUCGGACACUGAAGUGCCAGCUCUGGAUAUUGGGUGGCCGUCAGGAGGAUUUUUUAAAGGAGUUACGCGGGUGCAAAUGUUUGCGCACCCACCGAAACCAAACGAACCGCAUAUAAAGGAGGUGGUGCGCAAACUGAUUCAAGGCGCACACAAGGUGAUCGCCAUAGUGAUGGACCUGCUGACAGACCUCCACAUCCUGCAGGACCUGCUGGACGCGGCAUCCCGGCGCGGCGUGGCCGUCUACGUGGUGCUGGACCUGCGCGGGGCCGUCCACUUCCUGGACAUGUGCAACAGGCUGCAGGUCGGCCCUCAGCACCUCAAGAACCUGCGUGUGAGGACAGUGAGGGGGAUAGGCUUCCCGCUCUCCUUUGGGUCUCUUCCUGGAACUUUGAGCACCAAAUACAUGCUGGUGGAUGGAGACAAGGCCAUGUUCGGCACUUACAGUUUCUCCUGGAGCUCGUUCCGCAUGGACCGCAACCUGAUCACGGUGCUCUCGGGCCAGGCGGUGGACUUCUUCGACAACGACUUCCGCGAGCUCUACGCCGUCUCCGAGAAGCUGGACCUCUACAAGGAGUUCCACAUCAGCCGGCCCAAGCCGCUGGUCCGCACCGCCACCGUGGAGCCCAAGCGCCCCCCCCUGGCCGCCGUCUCCACAUCCCGAUUCCAGGUCACGCUUGGGGACUCCAAGGGACCUUUACAGGGGGGAGAGCUCAACCUCAAAGUGCCCGAACACAAAUACUACAACCCCAAAUACCAGCUGGCCUUCGGAGGAACUUCGCAUCUCACUCCCCCCAUCACCACCACGGGUGGAGGAUCCCUCCAGGACCUGCGUACCCCACUGCAGCCCACGUCGGGUGGCGGGGGAGCAGGCGCCGCCAACACCACCAGCCUGUGGGUGCAGAACCAGCAGGCGACCCGGGCCAGCAGUGAGAGACUGGACAGUCUGGGCCCUCUUCCUGGGGCGGCGGCAAAGGCGGGCAGAGGUGCUACAAAGAACCGUACGACAUUUAAGUGGUUCAGAAGCAAGCAGAGCAGUCAAGAAAAAGGGGCAAAAGACGAGGGGGCUACGCCAAGCUCCUCCCCUACGAGCAAAGCGCCCAACGGGACGCUAGCGCAAGAUGGCAGCUUUGAGGACCUGUCAGAGAUGGCGAUGGCCGCCAAGGGGAAAAACAAGAGACUGUCCAAGCUAGGGGGCGCCAAGAGCCCCUCCUUAAAUACAGUGCACACGAUAGAUGAAAGCGGGACCAAAGUCAAGAAAAAACGACAAAGCCAGAAAUGCUCACCGUCAUAGGAGACAACAUGAAAGGACCCUUUUAGUCCUUUUAUUUUGAAACUCUUUUUUUAACAAUUGCCGUGAAUCAAAGCACUUCUUCACAGAGGAUUUUUUCUUAAUACUGGUGAAUCGUUUACGCUUCAGACAACCCUAACUUUGUCAUCUCGCUGCCCAUGUGGACAGAAGGAAUAAAAACAUUUAUCAGCUGCUGCAGGAUCAAAUAAUAUAGAAGAAUCGCUGUGAGGGAAACAGCAAAUGUGAUUGCUUUUUUUGUUGUUGUUGGUUUCUUUUUCACCUGGAACAUAGGACUGGACAUUCAUUUGUUUGUUUCCUUUUCUGGGCAGCACUGCCAUUUUGUCUAAGUGAGUCAUCGAGUUACUGUAAGGUGCUUUUGGCUGCCGGACCAACAAAAAAGUGUGACUUAUAGUCUGGAAAAUAUGGCAAUACUGCACAAUAUACAGUAUACUGACAAAAAAAAACACAGGGGAAGACCAAGGGCAAUAACUACAUGAAAAAAUACAUAAACUGAGAACAAUGUUUUUGAUGAUGUCCGACCGAGAUUUCUUCAAUAACUAGUGCCUUGCUGCUUUGUAUGACUGUAUACUGAUAAUGCGGUACAUCUACCGUUUACCCAUUUCUGGUUUGAAAUCAUCAGUCUGUGUACAGAAUGUGCUGUAUUCCUGAUGCUGUUAGCUCCUUUGGAACGUGAAAUGUUUAGAAGGAGCCUUUCUCCGACUGUUAUGCAUUACUAUGCAAAUGCUGACAUCUAGUGGACGACAAGAAGAACAAGUAAGGGAGUAAGGGAAAUGUACUGUAUACACCUGUCACUCGUCGCUCCCUUCCCCUCUCUCUAGCCGUGUCUUUUUAACCCCAAUUUCAUCAUCUGUGACGAGAGAGAGAGAGAGAGAGAGAGAGAGAGAGAGAGAGAGAGAGAGAGAGAGAGAGAGAGAGAGAGAGAGAGAAAGUGUGUGUGUUUGUCCGCGUGUGUAGGGUGUGUCUUCACAGAAGAGUUAGCCUCAAGAGCGGAACUGCACAUGUGCAACACUCGUAUCAGGAAGUAACAGACGCACGCACAGGAAACAGAGGCAC